AUGCAGAGGUCUUCGGGUACACGGGAACUACACAAGGCCUUGUCUGUUGUGAGUGCCUUCAAGAAGAGACAGGUAAAGAGACGCCUAGUUCGGAGACAGAGAAGGAUGAUGAUGGCGGCUGCCCCUAAUGCACACAUGCAUGUCAAGAAUUUGACUAUGGAAGAAGGAGUUUGCACUGGAAAGGACACUAUGCAUCAGCUUCAGGUCAAGGUUGAUGCAGCAACCCAGGAGGAGAGCUCUGGGGGGCCUGUGCUGCUGAGUCAGCCCCCAGAACUAACAUCUAUGCCAUAUACUCCAGAGACCACAGGGCAACAACUGGUGGUUUCCCUUUCAGGGGAGCUCCAUGGGCUCUCUACCAUGCCGAGCAUGUGCCCAAGCCUGAUGAUUCAGCCCUGUGCCACUAUUGACCCUAUGCUACUGCACUCACAGGGCCCCAGUGCCUCCAACCAGGCUUCAGUUUCUGCUACCUUGGAGUGGCAGGAGAUUCUGGAGGCUGCUGAAGCUCUGAUGGCUCUGAAAAAUUCUUCACAGACACGUCACCAGCCCUGUGGUGUACCAGGUCCUGCUGGAGAGAGGGGACUGCAGCUGACCAGCCCCACAAUGCCACCUCGGCCUGCUAGCUCUGGUUCACUGCCUUCUGGACAUCUGUAUUGCAUGUCCCUCUUGACCUAA